AUGCCCGGCCCGGCAGCGCCGGGGUCCGGCCCCGACUCGGAGGAGAGUUACGACUUCCUCUUCAAGCUGGUGCUCAUCGGGGACGCCAGCGUGGGCAAAACCUGCCUUGUGCAGCGCUUCAAGACCGGGGCCUUCGCCGAGCGCCAGGGCAGCACCAUUGGCGUGGACUUCACCAUGAAGAGCCUGGAGAUCCAGGGCAAGCGGGUGAAGUUGCAGAUCUGGGACACAGCUGGCCAGGAGAGAUUCCGCACUAUCACACAGAGUUACUACCGCAGUGCCAAUGGAGCAAUCCUGGCCUAUGACAUCAGCAAGAGAGGCUCCUUUCUGUCCAUUCCUCGCUGGAUCGAGGAUGUGAGGAAGUAUGCUGGUUCCAACAUAGUACAGCUACUGAUUGGAAACAAGUCUGACCUAAGUGACCUUCGAGAGGUUCAGCUGGAGGAAGCUCAGAGUCUGGCUGAACACUAUGAUAAUAUCAUCUGUGCCAUAGAGACCUCUGCGAAAGACUCCAGCAAUGUGGAGGAGGCUUUUGUGAAGAUGGCUACAGAGCUCAUGAUGAGGCAUGGAGGCCCUAUGUUCAGUGAGAAGAAUACUGACAGCAUCAAGCUUGACAGCAAAGACGUUGCAGAAGGCUGGGGGUGUGGUUGCUGAUACGAGCUAGGUGAUGUCUGUACCUUUACUGGAAUUUAGAUGGUGCUUCACCCUAAUGCUGAGUAGCAUGGUAGCCAUAUCCUCCUCCUCCUGUGAAACCAGCAGUUUUGUAGAAGUUAGACACAAUCCUGUUUGCUUUGGUUUCUUAGUUUUAAAAAGCAAUUCUUGAGAGGUAGUCCUAAAAGUCAAACCCUCUGAAAAACAUUAUAUCUCCACCAUCUCCUUUUCUGUAACCUUCACCCAAGUUACAAAACUGGAAGAAACAACUUGGAACUGGUGAUGUGGGGUAGGGAGGCAGAUGGUUGGGGAAGAGGCUGAUGCGCACCCAGAGUUCUGAAGCAUUUAGCACAGGACUGUUGGCAAAGGAGGUCACUUUUGGAAUAGGCGAUUUUAACAGUGACUGUAAAUCCUCAGCACUCCACCAAUGAUCAGAAAAUGCCAGUGUCUUUGAUAAAGGUAUUUCAAGUGCUAGAAUCCCCAGCAUUUUGAUUACAGGACCAGAAAGUAGUCACCAUGCCCUAGGGCAUGUGAAUUGCUGAUUCACACUGGGAUAGGCCCAGGUGAGGAAGUCUUCUCUCAGGUUUUAUUACAAUUUUAAGUUAUCAAGUUAACAAAAAGCAAGAUCAGCCUGAGCAGUAUCACAGAACUUGCAGUCAAACAGGAUUGAACCAGUGUAGUUAUUUUAAAUACAGCCUUGAGAAGAGGGUAGAUGCAUUUCAUUUGUUCUUGUUUGCACAGUGAUAACUCCCUUUUCCAAGUGGGUAUCAUUGAGUUUUUUCCCUCAGGUUUCUUAAUUUCAUUCCACAACUCAAGACCUGCGCCACUGGAAAGAGGAACUGGAGAAACCUUGAACUGACUGAUAGCCAUGAUCUCCUGCCAUGUGCCUAAGGGUCAUUAACAGGGUUCAUUCUGGUCAUAUAUUUGACAUAAUGUUACCAGAGUGUUUUUUGCUUAAGUGGUAUAAGUGGAUUUGAUUUUUGCUUUGAAUUUGGAUUUUGCUUUUUGAAUGUUUCUAAACCAUCUCUUUAAAAACAAUCUUCACAUAUAAUGAGAAAGAAGACCUCUGAAGAGCUGAAAACUGCAUGCAUUGCAACUUCUUGGGUUUAAGAAACCAGCACCUUUUCAAGUAAUUCCCUCCCAACUUUGCACUCAGUUGCUUCCCUCUCCCUGUCAGAAGUUACCAAUUGCUUUUCAUUCCUUGAAAACACUCAUCAGGAAGAAUCUUUCACUGUUGAUCAAAGGUAUACACUGUUAAGUUAAAUGGAUUUAGUAAUACAGCU